CCCCGAUUCCAGUCUUUCGCAAGCAGUUAUGGGAAGCUUUGUAUUCAAAUGGUAUAUGCCGCCUCCUCUGCUUAACACCCCUAGGUUUAGCCAUGAGCGCCAUUCUCCAGACUCUGCGCGCGCACAGCGCAGAGUCGUCGUAGGCGCCUUGCGCGCUCAAUGCGCCUCUACCUCGAAUUUCGUCGCCGCCCAUGCUAACAGCUGUCGCAAUUAGGGACCAUCCCGCCUCCGAGGUGUAUGUUACCGGCACCUUCGACGACUGGUCGAAGAGCGAGAAGCUCGUUAAAUCCGGGGAUUCUUUCGUGAAGGAUGUGACUCUCCCGAGUGCGGAAGAGAAGAUCUACUACAAGUUCGUCGUCGACGGCAAUUGGGUUACCGACCACACAGCUCCCCAGGAGAACGACGCCUCGGGCAAUCUAAACAACGUCCUUACCCCAGACCAAAUCGCGAAGCACACUCCUGAAACAGCUGGGAUCAUGUCAUCGGUCGCCCCAACGUCAACAACCGCUGAAUUGGCGAAGGAUGUGCCCCUGGAACACCCCAGCUCGUCCGAUGUACCAGGCGCAUUUCCCGAGACCCCUGCUGCUGUCGAGACGGAGGAGUUCUCUGUGAAUCCUCUGCCAGCAGCAGAGGGCGCUGUCAACCCCAUAAAGCUUGAGCCAGGAGAGAAGGUCCCCGACUCGAGCACCUUUACCUCCAACACUGUCGAGUCGGGCGUCCACGAUGAUCCCGAGCUUGUGGCUGCUGACAAGGCGAAGAGUGAGUCUGAGCCUACCUUCGGCGUAGCUCCUCUUCCUGCUUUCGAUGGUGGCGUCAACCCUGUGAAGGUUGCUCCAGGGGAGAAGAUUCCUGACUCGAGCACGCUUACUACUAACACGGUUGCAUCGGGCGUCUAUGAUGACCCCGAGCUUGUGGCUGCUGAUAAAGCGAAGGGUGAGUCUGAGCCGACUUUCAGCGUAGCCCCUCUUCCAGCUUUUCCUGGUGGCGUCAACCCCGUGAAAGUUGCUCCCGGGGAGCAGAUUCCCGAAUCGAGCACUCUGACAGGGAACACAAUCGAUUCCAGUGUUCGCACCGAUAAAGAAUCAUAUGAGAAUAGUGGUGCUUUAGGAAAUGCUCCCGUACUUCCUCCGGUUGUCACCCCUCAAACUGAGCGGGACCAAAAUGGCACCGGAAUUCUCGAUUUGCCACCUGUUUCAAGCAAUCUCAUCCCGGAAUCAAGCUUACCAAUUGGAGCUACAGGAGCUGGAUCGUAUGAUGCAAGCCCGACUAUCCAGUCUGCUGGUCCUCAGAGCACUACUGCGCAGCUUGCAGCAGCAGUACCUCUCGAGUCUUCGAAGGUGCCAGAAAUUGUGAAGGAGAGCCAAGAAGAGGCAGGCGUGGGUGCAGAGGCUAGUGCCGUCUCGGAGGAGGUCAAGGAGAAGAGUGCUGUUGAGAAAGAACUUCUUAGUGAGGUUCCCGUGGCGCCAUCCACCUCCGAGGGCACGGGUGGAAAGGAAACCGGCGACAAGUCGGAGAAGGAGGUUACCGCAGGUGAGGCGGCAGCCGGUGGUGGAGGAGCAGCUGUCGCUGUUGGGGGUGCUGAAUCAGUAAUAUCCAAGCUUCCAGAGACUGUGCAGAACUCCAUCAACGACAUCAAUACCAAGUCGGAUAUGGGAACAGCUGUCGAGACACCGGCUGCCGAAGACACACCAGAAAUCGUCAAGGAAUCUAUCGCAGAGUCCGGCCAGGAGCCAGAAGCUGCUGCGAACGAAGAAGCUGUGUUGGAGAAGAAAGCUGUCGAAAAGGAAUUAUUGUCCGAGGUUAAACCGGAGACUGCCGUCGGCGAGUCUGCACCAAAGCCCACUGAGGCACCAACGGUUGCUGAGGCACCAAAGGUUGCUGAGGCUGCAAAGGUCUCUGAAGCGCCAAAGGUCUCUGAGGCGCCAAAGGCCUCGGAGGCUCCAGAGGUCUCCGAGCCUCCAGCAGCUGCAGCAGCUGCAGCAGCUCCAGCAACUCCGUCGAAGCCCAUCGAAUCACCCGAAGUAUCCCCCGGCACGGCGCCUGCUUCGCACACUGAAACGCAAACUGCUCCUACGGUCACCACCGGGGUGGCCGCCGCUACUACCGAGAAGACCAGCACCGCAGCACCCAGCACUGAGGCAACCAGCACACCAGCAAAAUCAAGCACCACUGCUCCAAGUAGCCAGGCAGAAGAUAGUCCAGUCAGUCCUGCAGUAGUUGACAAGAAGAAGAAACGCACUAGCAUCUUUGGAAGACUAAAGGCGAAGUUCUCGGACAAGAAAAAGGACUAGAUUAGAUCAUGGUGUAUUGGCUUUAGCGAUGGAGAGGAGGAUGAUGAUGAACACAGUAAUGCCGUGGCCGAUCGGGAGUCCGGUUUCUCCG